UGACGGGUUUUCGUCAAAACUGUUCUUUUCUGUGUUUUGGGUGGUAAGUGGAGCGUGUGAAGGAUCUCUAAUUGCCGGGUAUAACACACAAAGGACGGGGUAGGCCCACAGAUCGUCACAGUGAUAACCGACAGCAGUCCCGGCGCUGGUUAGUCAUCACGGCAUCCCAGCGGACAAAGGCAGGGAGCGGUUUCUGUCACCGGACGGGAGGGGAAUCCCCGAGGAAAUAUUCGGACUUGGUUCAUUUUUACCGAAAGUUUACUCGACAUCCAUACUGCGGGAAACAUCGUCUACUUUCAAAUUGAGGAUUCCGUUCUAACAAUCCAGUCCCAACAAUGCAUAGCGGACCGUUUUCAGUCGAGUGACGUCAUCAGAGGAUAAUCCCUCUGAGUUCGGGGUGGGAGACCUGACAUCGAUGUGGUCAGUGAGUGUGUGUGGAGCCCGCUGUAAUUGGCUGGAUUUGUACUUGUGAGGUUCUUCGGGGAUUACUACACAGAUCUAAAGGGUGGAGGAAAUAACUGCUGGGUAUAUACAGUGAGAGCAGAAAUAGAAGGGUCUGGUGGAGACCUUGUCAGCAGCCUCGUGAUGGCGUGACCAGGUCACCAUUGGUUACCCCUGACUGAGACUGACGAUGUUAAAGUGGGUCAGAAGGCGUUUUACCCGGCGGAGUAGGGCCAUGAGCCUGACCAAGCCGGGGCCUGACUCGGGGGGACCCCUGACUAAGAAGACCCCCCUGGAAGACUUCCGUGGUAACGGUCGGGGCCCCCAUCCCCUGUCCUACCCCUCAGAGCCGCCCGAUGACGAGAACAUGAAUGAAAUCACGGGCGAGAGCGUGGGGGUAGUGGUGUACCUCCCCAACGGAAAAACCGAACAGGUGUCCGUCGACUCAAACAUUCCUAUGAUGGACCUGUUGGUGAACCUCGCGGCGGGGAGUCGACUUAACCCCGCGGGGCACACCUUGCAGGUGCUAAACGAGGAGACGGGUAAACUGAAGGAGUACAAGGCCAACCAGACGAUUGGCUCCCUGUGUACCCGCGGGGACGACCACAGACUCCUCGGGGCUACUGUACAAAUUGUCCCCAAGAAAGACUCCAAAAAAUCCACCCACCACAAAAAUGCCCAGCCCUUUGAGAUGACCAAGCGGUUCACGGUCAAUCUCCCCGGGGGUCAGAAGAAGGUCCUCAGGAUCAGUCCCCAGCUCACGCUCGAGCAAGUCCGAGCUCAGCUCUGUCAGGAGAGGCAACUUGACCCGAGUCGACUGGUGUUCCAGUUACCCACGAGUCCGGGCCAACAGCUGAGUCUCGGGACCACCAUCUCAGAGUUACAGGCCAAUGAGGUCAAUCUUGUUAGUGCUAAUGUAAUGUUGGACGGAGCCAAGUCGAUGCCAGACCUGUCUAUAGGGCGGAGCCAAUCCAUGAAGACGGAUGCUCCCACCACACCCUACAUGCCGAUGGCCGGGGAGGGCAAAAAGAAGAAGGGCUUCUUCUCCUUCCUGAAAAAGGACAAGAAAUUCACUGUGUCCAUGCAGGCGGACCUCAAUCACGCGGGAAAAUCACGGUCAUCCUCCAGCUCUAGGAGGGAAGGGGGAAGCCCCCCUGCCAUGCGAAAGAAAACAGAGAGGAUGGAACGGCCCAAAUCCAUGUAUGUCACAUCAACCGCAGAUGUCGCAGUGAAUGGACAAAAAACAAUCCCUGCUUCGUCCAGUGAAUUUGACGUCAGGGGACGAAGUGGUCCCUCUGUGCAAGUGAAAUCUGCCCCCGCUCUGAGCUCUGUAAAAGAGGUCCCCACAGCGGGACCUCCUGUUAAAUCAGGGAAGAAAAAACGUGCUCCCCCUCCCCCACAACAAGUGAAAGCUCCCCCUAACUCUAAUGUAGUGACUGCUGAAAUCACAGUAGAAAGCAAACAGACGACGCCUCUACAGGCCGAUUCACGGAUCCCAGAAAUCACACCAUCCAAUCAACAACUAGCUCACAAAUUUCAUUCCAGGAACAGUUCGGACUCGAGUGGCUACCACGAAUUGACUCUUAGUGGUGCCGAGUCACCAGACACCGCCAAAAUAGAGGAAAACUUAGAACUCCAGAUCUCCACGGACCUAGCGUCCGGUGCGAGAAACAAACACAGUGGAGACAGUGGAAUACAGGAUAUGUCUUCUCCUCGACGCAAAGUCCGACCAGGAAUCGACAACCUGGAAACCGGAUCCAGUCAGACAUUGCCACUCGAUAAAACCGGGAAAAAGGAGAACCCUCGAUCACAGUCACUGGAGCGAACACUCGGUGCUAAGAAGAAGAAAGCCCCACCCCCUCCUCCAGGUCAUGCUCCACCCUCUGAACCGCUCUCUGUUUCCGUCAAGGCGACCAUUCCUAAGCCCGCCCGGAAAUCCUCCGACUCUACCGCCCCUGCUGCUACCUCUUCCCCCCGCCCCGCCUCCAUGUCUAAAAAAGAUGAUACUUUAGCCAUCCAUGCGGUUCUAGACGACCUUGACAAUCACCUUGGUGAUGACCUUGAAAAUCACCUCGGUGACGACCUUGAGGAGGGAGAGGACCAGAUGAUGAUGGUGGAGAAUGGUGACCUUACUGUGGAGGAGGUGGACACUCCCCGGCCCCUGAAGCCGUGCUUCGUGGCUCCACCCCCGCCGGACGAGCCCCCACCAGAGGACGGGGAGGUAGUCAGCUACAGUGACAUCAUGGGGAUCAAGGUCGACACCGUUGACAUCGGCACGGAGACCAGCGAUGACAGCACAUCUUUCGAUCAGGAGAGUCCCAAAAGCUCACCAAAGUUUCAGUCAAGCGUCAGACACACACUGCAGAGUCGGGCGGAGAGUCGCACCAGCAUGGCCUCCGUGACAACCAUUGAUGAGAUCAACAUGGGCUUCGAGCUGGCCAUACUGGCGGGACAGGAAGCCAUGCUAGAGGAGUCCAGCGAGGAAGAUGAAGAGGAAUACAAAAAUGAGAUGGCCCACUUUGUGGAAAGGAUGAACAAAGAAGUGGUCAACCAGAAACCUGCAGUGGAGGCCGGAUCAAACCAGAUGGAACCAGAUUCAGAACCGAAGCAGAAAAUCUCAGUCCAGGUGGCCAAACUGGAUUUCUCUAGUGUGGACAGUUCACCCUGUGAAAGUCCGAGGGAAAAUAAAAAGUCGGCUCAGCGCGACAGUGAGGUGUCCGAAAUCACUUACAGCUUCACUGUCGACUCGGUUCCUCCAGGGUUCCAAGAGACCGAGGAGACUAAAGGUCAGCAAAAUGAUGUCAAAGGUCAAGAGGAGGAGGAAGAAGAGGAGUAUUCAGAGACAAUAACAGAGGUGAUUUAUCCUCUCUCCUCCUCCAGCGAUGGACUCGGGAGUCCCCGGCGGAUUCCGGACUUGGACUCUCCUAAAGAGCAUGUUAAACCUCUGGUUGAAAACCCGAAGGAGACUGUUAAAGCGCAGCCCCAGGUUUCAAGUCAAGAGCCUGCUACUAAACAGGCAGAGGUGGAAAAACCCAAAGAAGUGAAACAGGAGAAAGAGAAACCCAAAGAAGUAAAGCAUGAAAAGGAGGAAUUUGUUUUGACUUUCGAUGAUUUACAGAAUGUUGAUUUCACAGGACCAAAGAAAAAGAAACCACAGAGCUUGAAUCUAAGGACAGACACCAAGCCUCCCGGUGAGGAGGUAAAGAGACGGUCGGGGAGGAAAUCCCCCGCAGUUGUCACCUCCCCAGUGUUAGUGUUAGAGGAACUCCGAUCUCGAUUUCGCUCCGACGGCGACGAGAAUGUGUUACUGACUCCAUUAAAGAAGAGCGGUUCAAGUAUCAAGGACCGGUGUAAUGAACUGAGUUUUACUCCGAGCUCUGAGGGCGAACAAGAGCAUGUGAUGGAGGAGAAGUCUAUUUCACUGAUGGCUCUUCCCAUUGUGAAGUCUUCGGAGCGUUUGGUUCCUGAUAAUUCUGUGGUAGAAAAACUUGAUCUCUCCAAAGAUGUGACAGAUGGUUUGUCAGAGUCCAAGAGUGUAGCAAAUAAUGAGAUAAAUGAAGACAGUGUGAAUAACAAUGAACCUUCUCAGAAUGACAGUGACUCUGCACCGAGCUCAGCUCGAGAUAGCUUAAACAAUAACUCGGCGCCGAGCUCAGCUCGAGGAAGUGUGAGCAGUAUGGAUGUGGGCCCCAUGGAACAAAUGCAGCAACAGAUCCAGGUCUGGCAGACACAGCUAGAACAAAAUCAGAACCUGCUGGCCUCCCAGCCAGUCAGUACGGACGAAAACUCCAUACAGCUACAGAACCAGCUCAAAGCUCAGAUAGAGAUCCAGAAACAGAUGCUUGCUCAGAUGCAGAAGAGUAUGGAGACCCUAGCUGCUCAGGCUACGUCUGUGUCACAGGAUUCCCCACGGAAUAGUAUGGAACCGGCGGAACAGUCCGCUAUCCCUGCUCCCAUCCCUAGUCCGCCCAUGCUGCCGCAGAUGAGGAUGAAGUCAGACUCCAUGGACAAAGAGAAGAAGGCCAAGAAGCGAAGCAGCAAGAAGUUCGAGCCCAAACUCGAUCCACGGGAAGAGCUGAUGAUUCAGAUCCGGGGUUUCCAGGGGCGGGGCGCCCUGAAAAAGGUUCAGUUGAAACAAACAAAAUGGGUGUCUGGACCAGGGGUCACACAGUAACCAUAGCAACAGUAUCUGCCAUGGCAGGGUUAGCCUCAUCCAUGAUGUGAAGUUCGGGAAUUUCAACAGCAGAACAACUGAUCUGAAGCUAAAACAAUUCCACAACAGCCGAAGGGUCAAUCUGCAGGGGUCAUGAACUUCUGAACCAAAGUACAUGCAUUAAUGUUAAGGUCAAGGGUCAAGGUUGUAUAAAGUGGUGGCUGAGAUGUUCAAAUCAAAACUGAAGUAAAAGCUGUACCUUGUUGUUACAGUUCUGUGACGACGACAAAUUCAUUUUUCAAUAUGAAUUCAACAUUAACCAUUUGAUGUAGCUGUUACAUACUGAAACAUAUUUAAUCAGUCCAUUUACUAGUCUUCCAAAGAAGUUUGAUCACCAGUCAUAUGACACAGAUUUCAACCAAUGAAUGAAGAGAUUUAUUGAUCUAGUUUCAAUAAAGCAUUUCCAAAUCAACAGAUUAUUGUACAUGUAAUGGUCAUGUAAUACAUGUAUAAAUGUGAUAUUCUGAGCUAUGAAGUGUGUAUUCGUCAAUAGUUAUUUUUUAUGCAAUAAAAUAAAUGAUGCUUUUUUGAUAACAACGUUAACAUUUUAUCAUCAUAAAUUCAAUAUUUUCACUACAAAAUAGAUGUACAUUUUUUUUUGUUUCCAAAAUAGAUGUACAUAUAUUUGUUGGUUUUGGCUGGUCAAAAAAUAGCAGCAGCCAUUUUUUUCUCAAAGUAAGGAUUUUUUUCUCUUUUCUUCAUUGAUAAUCAACCAUCACUGAUUUUAUUUUGUUUUAUACUCUUUAUAUUGGCACAGAUAAUCAUUUAUAGUUACAUGAAAUCAAAUUCAAAACAUCAGGUGUGCUUGUAUGUGAUCUUUACAUUGUACUAUCACUGGAAGCCUGUGUUGUAUAAAUGUUUUAUUGAUGUUCAUAUGUUGAAAAAAAGUGCAAUUUAAAGUUUACCAGUUUAUUCAUGUUUUUUUUUAGUUUUGUUAAAUGUACGUGAAUUGUAAAUAUAUAUGCACAUGUGUAUAAUGCGUAUUCAAAAAGAGUGUUCAUUUAGUUAGAGUCAGCAUAUAUAAGAAAUGGACAGCUAGAUCAAUGUGACUUGUUGGGUAUUUAGUUCCACUGCAUGAAAGAUGGAGUGAUUUGCCCCUUAAAUUUAGGGCAGGUCUGAUUUUACAUGUUUUCUAGUAUUUUUGUAUAACCUGUGAUGAAGAGAAACUAUUUAGGUUUGUAACUAUGUAACCAGAGGACUUUUACUACAUAAUUAGAACAACAUUACACUGAUGUCAAGGUCAGUAUAUAUUUCUACUAAUAUCAAACAGUGUGUAAUGAAUAUUCAUUGAUUAGAGUCAGAAUAUGUAGUUAUAAUACGCGAUAUGCAUAUUCAUACAGUAUGAAAUCUUUGAAUUUAGACAGUUUUCAUUUUCAUGAUAAAUAAUUAUAAACAUUUUAGUCAGGAAGAGGUAUGCAAAAAAUUGUUAUGCAUAAAAUGCUAUUUCAAAAUGAAUUAUAAAUGAAAUUCAAUUUAUAAUUAGAAUAUACCGGUAUAUAAUAUUAAACUACAGAUUCGUUUUAAAACAAUGAAACUCUAAAUUUUAUUCUGAAUUGAGAUUAUAGUUUGCGAUGAAAAUGUAUAUUGUGAUAAGGAAAAAUCUUGGGGUAAAAAUGACAAUUGGACACAAGAUCAAAAGCUUAUUACAGUAGCUGUAUUUAUUCACCACGACCAAUAUGUAUCUCAGAUGUGGAUAUAUUUUUUUAUUUGUAUAUUAUCAAUUGUAUACACGUGUAUAUUGAAGGCUUUGUGAAAAACCAAGGCCAGCAUUAAAAAUACGAAAUUUUA